UGAGGGGAUGACAUAUAACAUCAUCUGUGUCAGGAAGGUUGUCAGCCUGAAUUGCUAAUUACCUGGGGUUUGGGCCCCCACCCCCUGGGUGGUGCCUGGGGCACCCUGGGACAGGUAUAAAAGAGCUGAGCUCCUUGCAGACCUCUAUCCACAUCCCUCCACUUGACUCUCCUCAGCAACCAGAACUCCUUGUCUGUGUGACCAUGUCCUGUGGCAGCCUGUGUGUCCCCUCCUGUGGGGUGGCCACCCCGGCCCCUCUGGCUGACACGUGCAACGAGCCCUGCGUGCGGCAGUGCCCCGACUCCACGGUGGUGAUCCAGCCCCCGGCCUCAGUGGUCACCUUCCCCGGGCCCAUCCUCAGCUCCUUCCCCCAGCAGAGCGUGGUUGGCUCAGCAGGAGCCCCCGGCGUUGGAGGGGGCUACGGGGGCACUUUUGGAGGCCGUGGGGGCUACGGAGGCUACGGGGGCUAUGGGGGUUAUGGGGGUUAUGGCUAUGGGGGUUAUGGAGGUUAUGGGGGCUAUGGGGGUUAUGGGGGUUAUGGUUAUGGGGGUUAUGGAGGUUAUGGGGGCUAUGGGGGCUAUGGCUAUGGGGGCUAUGGGGGCUGUGGGGGCUCCAGAGGUGUCGGCACCUGCGAUUUCGGGGGCUGGCGCAGUGGCCACAGGUACCUCAGUGGCAACUGCGGGCCCUGCUGAGCCCCAGCCCGAGCCCGGCCACAGACCCAGAGGAGCUCCAGCAAACCCCCCGGCACAUCCCGACACGGCGCCUGGAGGAAGGACACCCCUCUGGCAUCACUGGGCUCCAGAGCUCGGGCAGCUCCUGCCUGCCCGGGGCCCAGCUCUGCCCCUUUGCUGCUGUGCUUGAGCCUCCCCUCAGGACCCGCUGCCUCCUCCCGGCACAGCCCCGGGCUGGGCUCCUGAUCCCGCUCCUGCCGGGGGCUCGGCACAGCUCUGCCCACUGCCAGGAGCCAGGGGAGCCCUUGGCCAGGGCCCUGCUCUUCUGCCAACUCCCUCCUCCCCUCCAACUGCAAUAAAAGCUGUCUUUGCAUCGCAA